AUGAAAUCUGGGAUCAUUCUUCUUCUUCUUCUGUUGUUUUUCUUCUUUAUUGCGGUUGUUGAAUCCAAGACUUCUGUUGAAGGUGCUACAAAGGAAGGAGGCAGAACCCCUAGCAUAUGGGACACCUUCGUUCAACAGCCAAAUAAGAUAAAGAACGCUAGUACUGGAGAUAUUGCUGAUGAUUCAUACCACCACUACAAGGAGGAUGUGAAGUUAUUGAAGGACAUAGGAUUCAACGCAUACAGAUUCUCCAUCUCCUGGAACAGAAUACUACCUGGGGGAAACCUAAAGGGAGGAGUAAACAAGGAAGGCAUUGCAUAUUACAAUGACCUUAUCAAUGAAAUUAAAUCAAAUGGUUUGGAGCCCCUUGCAACUCUAUUCCAUUGGGAUGUUCCUCAAUCCCUUGAAGAUGAAUAUGGUGGAUUUCUAAGCCCUAAGAUCGUGAAUGAUUUCAAGGAGUAUGCAGAAGUGUGCUUCAAAGAAUUUGGGGAGAAAGUGAAGAUGUGGGCAACCAUAAAUGAGCCACUCACAUUCAGCACACAAGGGUAUGAACAUGGCAUAUUUGCACCUGGAAGAUGCUCCAGUUGGCUUCCCCCUAAAUGCACUGCUGGCAAUUCCAGCACUGAGCCCUACAUUGUCUCCCACCAUCUCCUCCUUGCUCAUGCCGCAGCGGCCUCCCUCUACAAACAAAAGUACCAGGGUUCACAAAAGGGAAAGAUUGGAAUAGUGCUGAACAGUGGAUGGCAAGUUCCAAUAUCAGAUUCUAAGGCAGACAAAGAUGCAGCAUCAAGGGCCCUUGCUUUCACAUAUGACUGGUAUUUGGAGCCUCUGAAGUCAGGAUCAUACCCAGAAGAAAUGGUGAAGAGAGUUGGGGAGAGAUUGCCAAAAUUUUCAGGGGAAGAAUCAAAAAUGGUGAAAGGGUCAUACGAUUACGUUGGAUUGAACUAUUACAGUUCUAGUUAUGCUGCUGACACUCCUUGCUCCAAUGUUAAUCACACUGCUUUCUCUGAUGCCUGUGCUUCUGUCACAAGUGAGAAAAAUGGAGUCCCCAUCGGUCCAGUGGCAGCUUCAAGUUGGCUAUACAUAUAUCCUGAAGGACUUCAUGAGCUUCUGGUCUAUACCAAGGAAAAGCUUAACAAUCCGGUGAUUUAUAUAACAGAGAAUGGAGUUGAUGAAGCUAACACAGGUAAGGUAGAUCUUGAUGACCACAUGAGAAUAAAUUAUAUCAAGAGUCAUCUUGCUCAAGUUCACAGAGCCAUAAAGGAUGGGGUAAACGUGAAGGGAUAUUUUGAAUGGGCAUUAUUGGACAACUUUGAAUGGUCGGAUGGAUACAGUGUUCGUUUCGGAAUGGUUCAUGUUGACUUUGAAGAUGAAUCCCGCAAAAGGACCCCCAAGAAGUCUGCUCACUGGUUCAAAAAAUUCCUUCACAACCAUCCACAUGACAAACACUAAAUUAAUUUAUAAAUAUGAAUACACACACCAUAAUCUUAUAUUUAUAUUUAUAUAUGUGUAUAUAUGUGCAAAA